GCUCGCAGAGCUCGAGAACACAUUUAGAACCAGAGAGAGGAGAAGAGAAGAGCUUUCCGUCUCGGACGGUCGGGGACAAAUCCUGCAAAUCGAAAGGAGAUACAGCUGCCAAGCGCUUUGUAUUCUCCGCUGAUCUGCAGUCAGUAGAUAUCUGGAUAUUUAGUUCGACUUUCGCGAACACAGAAACCUAGAGAGAACGUUAUAUAAGAGGAGGACAACAUCAGGGGCUGCAGCUUACUCACUGACUAGUGUGAGUCAUUGAUAAAUGCACAGGCAUUCUUAGUACGAUCGCAUGAAUGGAUGGAAGCGGAGAGAGUCUGCACUUGACUCUUUAGCGAAAAAGAAAGCAUUUGCACUCGAAUUGUUCGUGGAAUUCAAAGCUGUAAAUAUUUAGUAAAAAAAUUCUCGAUCGUUGAAUAAUUCAACAGCGGACUUUGCCUUAGCAGCGAGAACCAUAUGCUCCGGACACCGUAAGGCAACGGCCUCUCUCGGCGCGCCGACCAAACGCCUUCCCCUCCAGUUUAGGUGUCCAGAACGGUACGUUGUAGUUACUAAUGCUCGAUAAGUUUAAACCCGUUCAGUUCGAUUCGGUAAUGGCGAUAAGCAAGACUGUAGAGUGGCUGAGGGAGCAGAUCGAGACGCGCAAGGACUGUUUGCUUGUGAUGGACUGCCGAGCGCAAGAAUUGUAUGAAUCGUCUCACGUCGAAACGGCCAUUAAUGUGGCCAUUCCGAGCCUUAUGCUUCGGCGACUGAAGAAAGGCAAUCUGCCGAUCAAGUCUCUCCUGUCCAACGGGGAGGACAGGGAGCGAUUUGCGCGGAGAUGCAAGACGGAUACAAUCAUACUGUACGACGAGUACAGCAGGGAAUGGAACGAAAAUGUCGACGGCGGGUCCGUGCUCGGCUUACUGCUGAGGAGAAUGAAAGACGAGGGUUACAAAGCCUUCUAUCUUGAAGGUGGUUUCAGUAAAUUCCAGGCCGAGUUUCCCGCAUUGUGCGAAACGAACCUCGACGGCUCGCCCAGCAGCAGUUCACCCACUGCCCAGGUCCUGGGUCUGGGAGGGCUGCGGAUCAGCUCCGACUCGUCGGACAUCGAGUCCGACAUCGAUCGCGAGCCGAGCAGCGCCACCGACUCGGACGGCAGUCCCCUCUCGAACCCCCAGCCGUCGUUUCCCGUGGAGAUCUUACCGCAUCUUUAUCUGGGCUGCGCGAAAGACUCAACGAACUUGGACAUUCUGGAAGAGUUUGGCAUCAAAUACAUCCUGAACGUAACCCCGAAUCUCCCAAAUCUGUUCGAGAACGCUGGGGAAUUUAAGUACAAGCAAAUCCCCAUAUCGGAUCAUUGGAGCCAAAAUCUCUCACAGUUCUUCCCAGAGGCAAUCAGCUUCAUUGAUGAGGCCCGCGGGAGGAAGUGCGGCGUGCUGGUGCACUGCCUGGCCGGCAUCAGCCGCUCAGUCACCGUCACAGUGGCCUACCUCAUGCAGAAGCUCAACCUCUCCAUGAACGAUGCCUACGACAUUGUCAAGAUGAAGAAGUCCAACAUCUCGCCCAACUUCAACUUCAUGGGCCAGCUGCUGGACUUCGAGCGCACCCUGGGCCUGCAGAGCCCCUGCGACAACCGCGCGUCGGCCCCGUCGCAGCCCCUCUACUUCACCACACCCACCAAUCACAAUGUCUUCCAGCUGGACCCACUGGAGUCCACGUGAGGACCGCCCCUCCUGGCUCAGAGAAAGGCGCUCAGCCAUUUGAAACGUGGGCUUCUCUUUUCUUCGUCACCCGGCAGAGGGUUCCCGAUGUUCUCUUUUUUCCCCCCGACGCGAUCGGCUCAAGACGGCGCCGGCACGAGGGGCCGCUUAGGUGGCGUGUGGUUUACCCGAAGAAGAGCGUCAGCCGCUGGACUCCGGGGGGCGCGAUCAGGGAGCAGACCCAGCCUGAGCUCUGGCUCUCUCUCCCUCUCUGUAAGGUAGUUCCUGUUUUUUAUAUCUUCGUAUCCAAGCAUGUGAAGACUGUCAAAGCGGAACGUCAAAUACAAUAUGGCUGGUGUGCCAAAGAGACUUCGUCGGAACUGGAAAAUUAUACAGAGACUCGUUUCUUUUGGUUUCGUUUUUGUUUGUUGGUUUCUAGCACUUGCACCUUUGCGUAUUUUUUGGGUGUGAUCUCCUUGUCUUCAGUGAAGACUUGCCUGUUUUGGGGAUACCAGACACCCUCGGUGAUGAUGGCACAGUGUCGAGUACUCCAGUUUGUUUGCGUGGAGUCAUUUUCAAAAUGUUUAUACAUGUGUAUAUUAAAAUCGUUAGUAAGCCUUGCCCUAAGCACAGUAUACCUGUUGCAAAAGAGCAGGUACUCAUUCUUUUAUUUCCUGUUUUGUCAACUAUGUAAACAAACUGAAUAUUGAUCAAUAUUAUCUAUGAGUUGAAUGCCAAAAAUUGAAUAGGCUUUGUGAGAUUAUAAAAGUGUAUAAUAUAUUUCUUCUUCUUCUUCUUUCUUCUUCCUUCUUCUUCUUCUUCUUCUUCUUCUUCUUCUUCUUCUUCUUCUUCUUCUUCUUCUUCUUCUUCUUUUGUUUUGCUUUAUGGCUGAAUUCAGCCUUUAUCAACCCUCUCUCUUGGCCCCUUCCAUACUCACAGGUCACCUCGUUCUUUUGCUUUAGGUCUUCUGUACAUAGAACAAUUGUUGUGCAUUAACCUCUCAGAGCAGUUCCUCCAUAAGCUUAUCUGUCACCAGCUAUUGGUUCUCCUUACGGUUAAACUAUAACAAAUGGCACAUUCAGAAAGUAUUGUUCAAACUUGUAUCUGUAUGUGUUCAUAGCAUACCUUAAACCCAAGUUGGCAUAACUAUGGCUGCAUGCUCAUGUUGAAUCUAGAACCAGGACGCCUUGAUCCUUUUUUUGUUUUUUCUUUAAGGUGGGGGUGAUGGAGGUUUUGAGGUGAGCACCACGUUUUUGUGCGAUUUGAGGUUUGGGAAAUGUUGACAAGGCAGGAGACAUUUGUAUGCCUCUCCUCUUCAGGGAAAUUAUGUGAAAUGCAAUUCAGUUAUUGGAGGAAUGAUUGAAAUGGAUUUUAAGGGGACGCUUGUUCCCUCAAAGCGAAGGCCUGUUCUGAAGAGGGAGGGGCUACUUUUCAAUUGCCCUCCCUCCAACCCUACGAAUGUAAAGAAAUGAUAAGUUAUUAAUAAAUUGCUAUUUUGUCUAAUCAAACCUA